AUGAUGGAUUUUGGUCUUUUGCUCGUUUUGAUUGGAACAAGCGCCGCACAUUUUGGUGGCGGUUUCGGAGCCGCUCAACAAAGCCAAGGAUUCGGCGGACAGCCACAAGUCGGAUAUUUGCGCCAAGGACCCCCACCUAGCAGCUAUGGACCAAUUCAAUCGGCUCAACAAUUGGGAGUGACGGGAACGAUGCAAGGAUUGUACAAUCCACAGCAAGGACCCAUUCCCACGUAUCAAAUGGUGCCCGCUCCUCCACCAUCAACUGGAUAUGUCAUUCAGCCAAUGGGUAUGCCUCAACAACCGGCCGCUCCAAUAGCCUCAUCCCAGCCAUCAUCGUACAGCCAGGGUCCCCAACCUCCAUCAGCUAUGCCGCCAUCUCAAUCUCAACCUGUUUUCCCUCCAUCACCCCCACCAGCUGCCUCUUUUGCUCAAGACAAUUCAAUUGGUGCUAACAUUGGUCACCCCGACGGUCACUACAUUCCCGCAAGACAUUUCCGUCUCUCUCCAAUUGACAAUCUU